UCUCUCUCUCAAACUCCGACGAAACGAACAAACAGAGAACACUGCGGUGGUGAUUAUGAGUAUGGCGCUUCGUUUUCUCCAGCUUCCAUCGACGCUUUCGGCCGAACAACAUUUUCCAACGAAGCUCACACUGCAUAGAUUUUGUCAGAUCAAGUUGUCUUCGUUUCUCUUCUUCCCUACCUCCUUAGUCUCUCCUGUUUCAGACAUUCUUCCUUUCACAACAGAAACCAUAAGUAGAAGAAGAAGAAGAAGCAGCAGCAGCUUUGUUGUCUUUCAUAUCUCCUCCUCUGCAAUUCAAGGGCAGCCUUUGUCUUCUACUACCAUAACGACUGAAGCAGGAACAGAUAAUGAAACCCGAACGAGAUUGAUUGCUCAGAACAUACCCUGAACAUGCACUUCCAAUGAUAUCCGAAAUCUAUUCCAGAAAUAUGGAACUGUCAUAGAUGUCGAGCUCUCAAUGCAUGACAAGACCAGAAAUAGAGGAUUAGCUUUUAUCACAAUGGGCUCACCGGACGAAGCUAUUACAGCUCUCACUAAUCUCGACAAUUAUGAAUUUGAGGGACGAGUGAUAAAAGUAAACUAUUCAAGAUCAUUGAAGAAAAAACCUUCGGUGAGACCAGAGCCAGUGGUAAAGCAUAAUGUUUUUGUUGGGAAUUUGUCCCAGAAAGUCAGGUCUAGAGAUCUUAGAGAGUUCUUUAGUUCCGGAAACUAUAAUCUUGUCACCGUCGAGGUUAUAUAUAAGAGUAAUCCGAGACGGCCAACUGGUUAUGGAUUUGUUGCCUUCGGUUCCAAGGAAGAGGCAGAGGCUGCUGUUUCUGCAUUUAAUGGAAAGAAACUGAUGGAUAGACCGGUGCGUUUGAGCCUCAGCAAAAGAAGUUUGAAAGAAGGAUCAGAAGUGGAAUCUUCUCAGGCUGAAGAAACGUCAACCCAAGUGAAUGGUGAUGGAGGAGGGAUACCAAACACACCUGAGGAAAUAUGAGUAUGCAUCUAUUAAGGGCAAACAGCAUUUCCCAUUUCCCUCUUUCUCUUCCCAGAUGGUUU